CAGUGUAUAGAUAUAGUGAUCGCGAGUAUUCUGAGCUCGUAGCGUUAAGCGAUUAAGUGACAUGUGCUACAUUUAUUGGCGUUCUGAAUUUUAUUUUUAAGGGAUGUCGGGACAGGAUCGGUAAUAAAAAUCGAGGUGAAAACCGGUGUUGCCCGGCGAUCGGUUGUCCUGUUCUUUUCUCGGUUCCUAUUAACUUCUGGCCUACGAAUCGAGACUGUCGUGUCGCCAGCACCAGCGUAAGAAUGCGAGCACGUGGCCAACGGAGCCUUCCGAUUCGCCGAUUUCUCGUGAUCACGUGAAGCACAUGAGGGGCUGCUGAAGCGUGCGCAUGCGCGUUACAGGACACCGGCUCGCCGACGACGUAUGGUGGGAUGACACUUUAUGCCGGUGCCUCAGAAGCAAUUGGAACGAGGAGGAGGUCAUAACGCGCGACUCGCGCCGGCGAUCAGAGACAGAGGUAUCUCGUAAACCUCUCACGGUUCAAUACAAGAAAACGUCCACGGAAAUAGUCUUGUAACAAUCUUAACAAGUGUCAUAUCACGAAACAGAAUGGACAAACAUUUGUGACGCUUACAAAUUGGCAUCGAUGCACAGCGUCGUUUUUGCCACGUGAAAACCGUCCACUUUGUACCUUGCUUUACCAACCGUUUCGUUUCAUAGUGUUCGAUUUUUUUUCGCGGUGUCUACCCCGGAAAAAUCAACAUUAAAUUACUAACAAGAAAUCUACAAUGUGUUCAACUAUAUUCGAAAGUUCCUUUGGAGAUUGCCUACUAUCACUUUAAACCAAGACUCGAGAAGAACUUAAAGAUUUGUGCGUGUUUGGAAGACAAGCAGAGAAGGCACGUGCCUUACACCGAUUCUACAGAGAAAAUCUGAUCUUCCUAUUUCGUGCCACUUCCCUGGUGGAACGGUUCUCGAAGCAAACAAAUACAUCUAAAUGUGUUCCAUAGCGAUGCCUGCGGAGCUGCUUCUGGGGCACAGUCCUCCAGUAUACAGUUCGCUUUUGUAUAGCCCCCUGGUGGUGGCGGCGCCGUCGAUUACCAGCAGAUCGGUACCACCCAGAAUAAGGCCAUGCCUUUCAUCUGGCUCCCUGGCUAUAGACAGCAUACGGAACACCAACGAAGGAAACAACAAACAAAAAAAAAGAGUGGUUUUCGCCGACGACCGUGGUCGUCCCCUCACACAGGUCCGUGUUAUGUCGGAACCCAGCAACGUGCCGCCACUCUGGAGUACGGCGUAUCUAGCUGGGCUAACAGGACGACUUCUCCACUCGAAAACAGAUAACGACGAGCCCGUCGAGGUUGCGUCGCCCUGGCAAGUGACUUUUCCCCAGCCAGCGAGCGAUUACCUGGCCUUCCGACGGAAACUCGACCAAGAAAACGUCAGCUUGGAAAACGUGAUAGUUAGGGAGUCGGAACACUGUCUGGUGGGGACGAUCAAGGUACGCAAUUUGGCGUACGACAAGGAGGUCGUGGUCAGAGCGAGCAGCGACUCCUGGAAGACCCACGAAGAUAUUCACUGUACAUACGUCGAGCAACCGGGUGCCCCUGCUCUGAUACUCUACGACACCUUCCGGUUCAGACUGACUUUGCCAUUGAAAUCGAACGUGGUGGAGUUCUGUGUCCGGUACCGUACCGAUGGUAAAGAGUACUGGGAUAACAACGAUGGGAAGAACUUCAUCGUACGGAAGAAACUAGAGGUGUGUACCUCUAGCGUGACGGAGAGGCUGUACUGCAGUCUUGGAAAGGGUUUCGAAGGUCUCCAACUGCGCCGAUAGCUUCGUCAGCCUCGGGCACCGGCUAAACGGUACGACAUCCUCACAACCUCGUGCGACGGAUUCUCGAGCAACGGUAUACGAGACGGUAUCCCAAGGAUAACGGACGCAACGAGAACAAACAUACACACGUGGAGCGAGUUUGCUUCUUGG